AUGUUGAGUCGACGGUUAGGAGCGCUGUUCGCGCAGGCGAAGGAGUCGACGGGCAUCGUCGGCCUCGAUGUUGUCCCCAACGCGCGUCAGGUGCUCAUCGGCCUCUACAACCAAACCCUAAGCGCCGUUCAGGUGAUUCCUCAGGAGGCCGUGUACAGGCAGAACGUGGAGGCGCUGACGCGGCAGCGGCUCGCGGUGUGCGAGGAGGAGCAGGAAGCGGAGCAGAUCGAAGCGCGCGUGCAAUGCGGACAGGUGGAGGAGCUGAUCGAGCAAGCUAAGGACGAGCUAGAACUGAUUCCUAAGAUGGCUGGUGAGACUCUCGUCCUGUUAGCCAUGAAGGUUGGAACCGGCUCACCUUCCCCUCUGGGCCCGUCUCUAGUGGAGAAGCGACCCAAGCUAGACGGUUACAGCAGGUUGCCUGCUCGAGGAACCGUCAACUUUGCUCUCUUCUCCAAGCAUGCUACAGCCGUGACCCUCUGCCUGUUCCUGUCCGGUAAGCAGGGCUCGCCUCCUGAUCUCGAGAUUGCCCUGGAUCCCAACAGCCAACGAACGGGCGACAUCUGGCAUGCUUCUGUGGAGAACGUGCCUCUAUGCGGUAUGCUGUAUGCUUAUAAGGUGGACGGUCCAAAGGGGUGGGGAGAAGGCCACCGAUUCGACCCUUCCCUAUUGCUGAUAGACCCCUACGCACCCCUCGUGGAUGGGAGAAGGAAAUUUGGGGAUGGGAGCCAACGGAUGGCUCAGAUGUACGGCACUUUUGACUUUGAAUCUGAGCCGUUCGAUUGGGGAGAGGCGGAAGCCAAGAGAAAGCCUAUUCCCGAGAAAGACGUGAUUAUAUACGAGAUGAACGUGCAGCACCUGGUGCAGCUGGGCGUGCAGCACCUCGUGCAGCUGGGCGUGAACGCGGUGCAGCACCUGGUGCAGCUGGGCGUGAACGCGGUGGAGCUGCUGCCCAUCUUCGAGUACGAUGAGAUGGAGUUCCAGAGGCGCCCCAACCCCCGCGACCACAUGGAAGAGCUUGGAGUGAAAGGAGAUGGUGAAGCAGCUGCAUGCCAUGUCGUCACAUCUACUUCUAACCACCUUCUACCGCUUUCAACCCUUCCCUGCCACAAUUCCUCCCCCACAGGUGAACACGUGGGGGUACUCCACGGUCAACUUCUUUGCCCCAUGUCCCGCUUCGCCUCCAAUGCUGGUGGCCCCGUGGCAGCAGCGCGGGAGGUGAAGGAGAUGGUGAAGAAGCUGCAUGCAGUGGCAUCACAUGUGAACACGUGGGGGUACUCCUCGGUCAACUUCUUUGCCCCCAUGUCCCGCUUCGCCUCUAACACUGGUGGCCCCGUGGCAGCAGCACGAGAGGUGAAGGAGAUGGUGAAGAAGCUGCAUGCCAUGUCGUCACAUGAACCUCUAACCAGAUUCAACCGCCUUCAACCCCUCUCUCCCUCUUCCACAGGUGAACACGUGAACACGUGGGGCUACUCCACUGUCAACUUCUUCGCCCCCAUGUCCCGCUUCGCCUCUAACGGCGGCGGUCCUGUAGCAGCAGCAAGGGAGGUGAAGGAGAUGGUGAAAAAGCUGCAUGCGGAGGGGGUGGAGGUGAUUCUAGAUGUGGUAUACAACCACACCAACGAGGCUGACGACACCUUCCCGUAUACCACCUCGUUCCGCGGCAUCGACAACAAGGGCACGGUAAAAAAGCUGCAUGCAGCGGGGGUGAAUCGGGUGCAUGUGGCGGGGGUGGAGGUGUUACGGGAUGUGGUUUACAACCGCACCAACGAGGCUGACGACACCUUUCCAUGUACGACCUCUUUCCGGGGGAUUGACAACAAGACAUACUACAUCGUUCAGCCGAACAGCUAUGUGCAACUGGCGAAUUAUGCUGGGUGUGGUAACACGCUCAACUGUAACCACCCGGUGGUGAUGCAGAUGAUCCUGGAUAGCCUCCGGCACUGGGUGCAGGUGAGGCUGAGGGGAGGGGCGUACAGAGAGUACAAGAGGGGCCAUGUCGGAGGUGAGAGUGAGAGUGAGCCUACACUUCUUUUCCACGCACACCUAAGUACUACGUAUGGAUCGCUUGACCUUGCCAGUGCCCUUUGCACUGACUCCCUACCAAUCAUAUCGUCUCCUCCGUCCCGUUCACUCCCGCCCUCUUCCAUCAGGAGUACCACGUGGAUGGGUUCCGCUUUGGACCUCGCCAGUGUCCUGUGCCGAGGGACCGAGGGAGAGCCCCUCAAAGGCCCCCCCCACUGCUCCUCAACCCUUUUCACCGCUGCUCACCGCUCUCUUCUUCUCCCCUUCGCACACCCCUCCCUCUCCCUCCAGGAGUACCACGUGGAUGGGUUCCGCUUUGACCUCGCCAGUGUCCCUUGUGCCGAGGGACCGAUGGAGAGCCCCUCACAGCGCCUCCUCUCAUUCGGGGCUGAUGGAGAGCUCCUCAACAGCGCCUCCUCUCAUUCGGGGGCUGAUGGAGAGCUCCUCAAAGUGACUUUUGAGUCGACUCAAAAGUCACCUUGUGCUGAGAGGGCUGAUGGAGAGCUCCUCAAAGUGACUUUUGAGUCGACUCAAAAGUCACCUUGUGCUGAGGCUGAUGGAGAGCUCCUCAAAGUGCCUCCUUUCAAUCGGGCCAUUGCCAAGGACGAGGUGCUAUCCAAGUGCAAGCUGAUCGCAGAGCCGUGGGCGGAGUGGAACGGCAAGUACCGAGACGACGUGCGCAAGUUCAUCAAGGGCGAUGAGGGCAUGAAGGGGCCCUUGAGCUGUCAUUGGUUGUAUGUCAUGGAUGUCACACCCUUCCUUCUCCACCCAUGCCAUGCUUCCGUCGCCCCACCCCCCCUGCCAUGCCAUCCCCAUCAUCCCCAUGCCGUGCUUCCAUCACCUUCAUCUCAGUGGGCGGAGUGGAACGGCAAGUAUCGAGACGACGUGCGCAAAUUCAUUAAGGGCGAUGAGGGCCAUGAAGGGCCGUUUGCCACUCGACUGGCUGGAUCCGCUGACAUGUACCAUGUCAAUCAGCGCAAGCCCUACCACAGCAUUAACUUUGUCAUCGCUCACGACGGUUUCACACUCAGGGACCUCGUGUCUUACAACGUCAAGCCUUACUCACAUCCCCUUACCCCCUCACAACGAGGCGAAUGGGGAGGAGGGGAGGGACGCAGCAAUGACAACUUCAGCUGGAACUGCGGAGCGGAAGGUGCCAAACAGGAUGAGGGAAUCAUUGCGUUGAGAAACCGCCAAAUGAGGAACUUCCACAUCGCGCUGAUGGUCUCCCAG